AUGGGCUCUUCAAAUAUAGCUCGAAAGGAGCGGCGCAAAAAACAAACACGUUUGACAUUCGAUCCAAUCUCCACUGAAGUACCUUUAGAUUCAUCUGCGAAAAGUCAAGGACCAUCGCCUGCGAAGGUUCGAUACGAGAGAACGAAUGGCGGCACAUCUGCAGGAAAUGGAGGAAGAAUUACACGCAGUGGGAUGUCUUCAGGUUCACCCUUGAAAGCAGGUUCGGGUAUGAAAGGAAAAUCUGGGGGCAAGGGAAAGAACGCGAGAGAUGGAAAAAUCAGUUUUGGAUCAUUACCAACGCCCGCGAAAAGCUCACAGAAAGAUGAAAUUAUUAUUUCAGAUGCAGAAGUAACCAGCGGAUCACGCCGAAGCACACGAGGUUCAAAAAUGAAGAAGCCGAUUAUUGAGGAUGCCACUGGUUCGGGAGACGAGUCUACAAUUGAAGUUGAAGUAACGACCCCGUCGAAGAAGAAUAACGAGGAACCCGCUGCCACGGAAGCUGCAGAUGAUGACUCGGACAUUGAAAUUACAGGUUCUACUACAAAAUCUUCUGGAGGUAGUUUAUCGAGGAGACGUUUUCUCACAGGUCGAGGCUUUAUACAAGGUGGAAGUACAUAUAACGCCCCCUUACCUUCUUCUGGAAAUCGUGGCAGAGCACCAAAAGCCCUAGCUCAUAGCCUUAAACCUCCAACCCCCUCGAAGACUACGCCAAAGAACAGAUCGGUAACAUUGUCAGAUACAAGUGAGGAUGACGUAUUCGCAUCAAACUCUAGACCUUCACAACGCCCUGGCCUAUUCAGUCAGAAGCUAGCUGCGCCAGUAGAAAGUAGCGAUGAAUCUUGUGAAGAGGCUGAUGAGGAUUCCGAUGAUGAUAUACUUCCAUCUUCCACUAGACGUCGACAGGCAACACGGAUAGUCCCGCAAGUUACACUUGAGAUUGAUUCCGAUGACCCGGAUGAUGAGCCUCCAACCUCACCCAUGAAGAGAAAGCGUCCCACCAUCAUUUCUGAUGAUGAAGAUAGUAUUGUUAGAUCGCCUGUAAAGAGAGCGAGGGUCGUGGAUGAGAGUGGUUCAGAUGCUGAUUUGCCGCCUAUGACUAAGUUAUCCAAGACCACUCCCCCUGAAUCUGAUAGUCCCGCCCCUUCCCCACAAGUCAAACAAAGAGGACCGCCCAGGAAGCACAGAACUGCUAAGCAGAAGCAAUUAGAGAUUCUCAAACGCAAGCGUGCUGGAGAAAGUAACCCUGUUCUUACAGAAUCUGAGUCUGAUGAAGAAGAGGUUGGCGGGUUAUAUGAUUCGGGUAGUGAUGCAUUGACUACCUUUGAAGAUGAAGAAGACGAGGAGGUGGAAGAGGAAGUUCAAGAAACGCGCAAACGAAAAUCGCCCAAGAAGCCUGUACAAGAUAAUGAGGAUGAGUAUGAUUCGGACUUUGUUGAUGACGAUGACGUUGGUCUUCUUGGAGUACCAGAUUACGCUAUGAUUCCUCUACAUCUCACGGCCGCAGCCCACAAACCUCUCAGAGAACAUUUUGCCGAAGCCGUUGAAUGGUGUGUUCAAAACAAGAUCAAUCCAGGUUUCAACCAAAAUCUUAUGCCCAUCUACAAGGCGGCGUGGAAUAAGCUCGAAGAUGCAUACAGUGGGUUAUCUGGUAGCAAAUUUGUUUCCACUUCAUGGACUCGUGACUUUACCAAAGGUCUCUAUGCCCGCCCCGAAUUCAUCACCAGGAGACUUGCUCCAGGAGAAGCCAUUGAUCUCUUAGGAGAGGCCAAAUGCGAGGCAUGUAAUCGUAGGAAGCAUAUACCAACUUUUGGUAUCACAUUAAAGGGAUCUGCAUACCACAGGGAUAGCUUAGCCGAAGUAGAGAAAGAUGAUAGUGAUACUGAGGAAGAUGAUUCUGAUGAUGAGAAGGACACGCGGAGUUUGAACAGCAGGGAUGAACCUCUCCCACCUCAAGACAAAGAGUUCAUGGUCGGCUCCGUCUGUAAAGAAAACGCAGAAAAUGCACAUACACUCAUUCAUUUGAAGUAUGCACUUAACCAAUGGGUCAUAGGCAGUCUGGAAAGUCAAGGCCAUCUCACUAUUGAGAAGCUUGCCAAGAGAGACAAGAUGAGCGCAAAGAAGAGACAGAAGGAAGUUAAUGGAAUUGUCGACAAGUGGAAGGAGGAGAAAGAGAUUAAAGAAUUGUAUGGCAUCUGGAAACAACAAUUGGAGACGGCACAGAACGCCAGUACAACGGGAAGACGAUAA